GAGCUACUGUGCCUAUGUGGUGCAGCGCAACGUGACGUGCACGCUGCAGGACGGGGCCGAGAGCUACGUCAAAGCCGAGUACCACAAGUGCAGCUGGGGACCCAAGUGCCCGGGGAAAGUGCUGUACCGCACCUUCUUCAGACCCAAAUACAAGAUUGGCUACAAGACAGUGACCGAGCUAGCCUGGAGGUGCUGCCCGGGCUUCAUGGGAGAAGGGUGCCACGACAGCCCGACUGACCAACCCGGCCUCCUGCCCCAACAUCCCAGCCCUAAAAUGCCUCCUGGGCAAAAGAUGUUUCCAAUCCCCAGACUUCCUCCCCAUCCAAAAAGCCACCCUGACCUGUUUCCAGGACCAAAGAAGAAUCAGUAUGGUGAGAUCUCGCUCCUGCUUCACAUCCCCAGGAAGCUACCCGGCCUGUUUGGGGACCGCCUGGAUCGGCUGGAGGAGGAGGUGAGGCGCCUUUCCCAGUCCUACGACAGCCUGCACACCAUGGUGAGCGGCCUGGGGGACCGCCUGCGGCUGGCCAUCCAGGAGGACACCACCAAGAUGAUCGGCUCCCUGAUGAACAGCCCGGGCACGCCUGACUCGACAGUGGGCUUCGGCAUCAUUCCUGAUGGUUUGGUGGAUGUGGCGGACAAAGCCGACAUCACGACCUACCCUCCCAUGGGGGAGAUCCUGACCAAAGUGACGGAGGUGAGCGACGUGCUGAAAACCAAGGCAGAUUUGCUGCACGAGGUUCGCGGCAUGGUCCUGGACCAUGAUGGGCAGAUCAAGCACCUUCUGGAGUCAGCCCGGCCCUCGCCCCUUACCUCCAUCGACCUGCUGGAGGAGUACGUGGACACACGGCUGAGCAACCUGCGCGGAGAGCUGCUCGACGGCUUCGAGAAGAAGCUAGGGAAGAUCCAGACCACGUGCGAUUUCCGGAUUCAAGAGGUGCAGCAGCAGUGCGAGGAGGAGAAAGCUGCCAACCUGCGGCUGCAGCAGACGCUGGAUGGGAAGGAGCUAGAGAUCAAGAAAGAGAUCUCCCAGCUGGAGACCCAAAUCCAAGGGCUGACAGUGGUGGAAAGCUGCUGCAGCAACCUGGACUACCUCACCGAUCGCAUGAACAUCCUUGAGAAAGGUCUUCACAGCAUCUCCGAGUCCCAGAAGAACUUGCACUCACGGCUGGAUGGGGAAAUCUCCACUGUCACCCUCGGGAACCUUUUUGAAGGGCGCUUUGAAGACCUGGAAGCCAGACUCAAUGCUACAGAGAGAGAAACAGGGAGCUGCUGCUCCAGUAUUGGGGACAGCAUGAGAGGCAUGGUGGUAGCAGAGGUGGAUGGCAUGAGGACUGCCUUUGAAGACAAAAUGCAGACUUUGGAGGACAGGUUCAUGACCAUCGUGGGGGAGUUGAACAAUGCCAGUUCUCCCGUGGGAAUGGAUGGAGCGGUGGUGCCUGUGCUGGAAGGGGAGCUCGCCAGCAUGAGGAAACGCACGGACGAGACACUGGAGGUGUUGCAGAAUCGCCUCAUCACUCUGGAGAGCACUUGUUCCCUGGGCUGCACCUCUGCCUCCAGAGAUGUGGAGACCUUCCGGACAGAGAUCGAAGACUGCCAGAACAAGAACCAGGACCUGCUCCUCCGGAUGGACAGCAACUACGACCUCCUGCGCAAGCUGAACGCCACCAUCCUGGAGAUCCAGCGGCGAAUCGAGGAGGAAGCAUCGGGGGCUUUGCAAGGGGAGAUCACCUUGCUAAAGAUCAACCUGAACACUGUGAGCAAGUCUCUGACAGGGCUCAAGGAUUCUGUCUCCCAGUACUCAGACACCGUGACACAUGUCAACUCCUCGCUGGAUGAGCACGAGCGGAAGAUCGAGGAUGAGGUCCACUCCAUCCAGGAGAAAGUCAACGACCAAGGCUCCCAGCUCUUCUUCAGCAACCGGCGUGUCCUGAACCUCAAAGGAGACUUGGAGCGACUCAAAGCCAGGAUUGUCAGCGACCUGAGCUCCUGCAAGAAUGUGGCCCAUGACCUGCAGCAGGAGAUCGCUCACUUUGAUGACCGGGUGGCCCGGGUGGAGAGCGUCUGUGGCAGGCUGGGUGCCGUCACGGGCAGCCUGGACGGCAUCAGGGAUGAACUGGAGAAACACACGGGCAGUCUGUGGGACUACAUGGACCACAUGAAUGGGACCCUGGCUGCCCACUCUCAGGAAAUAACGGGACUGAAGGACAACCUGCUGGACUGCCAAGCCAAGAUCUCCGAGCUGGCAGAGCAGGUCGGCCACUUGGAAGAGCAGGCGGAGGGGAAGCAGCAUUAG